AAGGGAAGGGGGCGGUGAAGAGGAAGACGAGGCCGAGAGAGAGAGAGAGAGAGAGAGAGAGCGAUAGGGCGUCAGUCGACGAGAGAUGGUUCUUGUCCUUGUUGGAUUCGUAGGCGUGUGAGCCAGAGGCGGUGCCAGACAGCCAGCCAGCGGAGUGGAGGGGAGGCGAGCGGAGCCGAGCCGAGCCAAGGAGGGCGGGAGCCGUGAGCACUGACAAAAGUGGUGGUCUGGAUAAUCGAGACCACGACGUCGUCGACGAGAGGGUAAAAGAGCAUGCAGGCGCAGGCGGAGAGGCAGAGGCGACUUAUGCAAUUCUCGGCAGGAAGGUCUCGCGAAGAGUAAUCGUGGUCGAGAGCCUCUGCCGAGGUUGAUUGGAUUCUCGAACCCGGAAGGCAGAAGGAAGGGAAGGGGCUGGGGAGGUGAACGGAUCGGGAGGGAGGGAAGUGGAAAGUCCAGCCGGCGGGCGGACGGGCGGGCGAGCCAGUCGAGGGGGCGCGAGGGAAGUGGUUGAGAACUUGAGAAGACGUGCUUUCUAGACUUGUUCCAAGACCCACAAGAAGAUCUCGCCUGCUGCUCCUGGUCUGACGAACUUGUGCUUCCGCUGCAGCCACUGUCCUUGCGCCAAAGCGCGAGCAAGAACCCAGCGUAGGGUUAGAGGGGGAAGAUGGACGGAAGGGAGAGAUGAGUUGGGACUGUCCUUGUGCUGGGUCUGGUCCGGGGUCGAAAAAGUUUUAAACCUUUUCUGCUUUGUUUAGCGUUGUUGCACAGUACCUAAAGCGCCACCCUGUGUCCGGUCGUUGCCUGACUGCCAGCCCCCAGCGCCCGAGUCGUCGUCGUUGUUCGUUUUAAACUUUUGAAACCUCCUUCCUCGCACUGCCAUCAUACCUCAUCUCUCCCCCACUCUGUAGGGCCUCCGGGCCAGCGUUUAUAACCAGCUUGUGCUCGUCCCAUUCAUCAUCACUUGUUGCGUUCGCUCUUCUCUUGGCCUGGGCUCGCCUUUUAAUUCCUCCCUCGCCUCUGCGCCACCUCCAUUCCCACUAACACCCAAAACUAUAGGGCUCGUACCUCCUUCGAGACACCCGGUGCUAUCACUCGAAGCCAGCCUUCCAGCCAUCCAUCCAUCCGACACUGCCUGAUCCUCUCGGCUUACCCUGUCGCCGUGGAGGUGUGGAUUUCCGCCAACUAUCACAGUCUCCUCGCUAACCGGGGCCAUUUUCAUUCUCCGUGUGUUGUAUCUUAUCUCUCAGGCUCUCGAGGUCGGUCUGGCGAGCUUCGGGGCCUAACGAGCUUUUUCUCUUGUACAUCCGUCUCGGAAUUGCUGGCUGCAGGCUAGCGCUCAUUUGACUCGUUUUUCUCUCUGCCGACCGACCUGCGCCGCUCGUGUCGGCCGGCGUCCUCUGUCUCACCCAGGGCGGAAGCGGAUCUCUGUGACCUUCCGGGGAGUCGUUGGUCUCAGGGACCUUGCUUGGCUUGGGUUUUAGGAGGGUUUUGGAUAUCCAACUUAGGUCCGGGCAAAUCCCGAAACUCCAUCUUCAAUUCUUGAGUUGUCUGCCAUUCCAAUUGAAGCCUCCAGAGGUUCUCUUUCAGCUCUCGAACUCAUUGUGGAUCUCGAAAUUUUAGAAAAUUGAUUCAGUCCCUACAGAGCCGAGGCUCCGGCCUCGGCUUCGGCUUUUAGCCAGGAGCGUAGCCAGGAGCGUCCUGCUGCUAAGAGUCUUAUUUUUGACACCCAGAAGACAAACAUGCCCCCCCUAGCAGUGAGUCAUGCUUUUCCUUCUGCGCAAUUCGGAUUUCCACUGCAAAUCCCUUAUGGAGACUACGAUGUUGGAAAUAAUGCAUGGGGCGUCCGGAAAUCUUCCUCACUUUACCGAGUCGAAGGUUGGGGUGCCCCCUACUUCCGCAUCAACGAGAAAGGCAACAUCGCCGCGCGCCCUCACGGCCGUGGCACUUUCUCAUCCGACGAAAUUGACGUGAUGGACGUGGUGGAGCGGGCCGUGAGCGAGGGCAUGUCUAUGCCUCUCAUCAUCAGGUUUCCCGAGAUUCUCAAGCAUAGGCUGUCAACCCUCCACAUGGCAUUCGAGCGCGGUAUCGAGCACACUGGAUACCAGGGCCGCUUCCAGGGCGUGUUCCCCGUCAAGUGCAACCCCGACCGCUACAUCGUCGAAGACAUCGUCCGGCACGGUAAGCAGUACAAUUUCGGCCUGGAAGCCGGCUCGAAGCCCGAGCUCGUAAUGGCCAUGACCAACAUGUGCCAUGGCAGCGCCGACGCCCUGCUCAUCUGCAACGGGUACAAGGAUGCCGAGUACGUCCGUCUGGCCUUGAUGGCUCGACAGAUUGGCUUGAAAUCCAUCAUUGUUCUCGAGCAAGAAGAGGAGCUGGACAUCGUGAUCAAAGUGAGCAAGGAAAUGGAAGUCUUCCCCGUGAUCGGAGUCCGUGCCAAGCUGUGCACCAAGCACGGCGGUCACUGGGGCGAGACCUCGGGUGAGAAGGGGAAAUUCGGCCUGACCACAUCCGAAAUCGUUGGGGUGGUGGCGAAGUUGAAGCGAAACAACAUGCUGGCUUCUCUGCAGCUGCUGCAUUUCCACAUCGGGUCGCAAAUUCCGUCAUUGGCGCUGGUGGAUGAGGGCGUCAGCGAAGCGGCGCAUAUAUUCUGCGAGCUGGAGCUGAUGGGAGCCAACAUGAAGAACAUCGACAUUGGAGGCGGGCUGGGAGUCGACUACGACGGAUCACAUUCCUCGGCUUCCGAAAUGUCUGUGGGCUACACGUUGGAGGAGUACGCGGAGCACGUCGUGAAUGCCAUCAAGGAGGCGUGCUCUCUGAAGAACGUGAAGAACCCGACUAUUUCGUGCGAGAGCGGUCGCGGGCUGGUUUCUCACCAGUCCAUCCUCGUUUUCGAUGUUCUUUCGGCCCGAAUGAAAACUUGUGAUUCCGAGGAGGACAUUGGGGUGUCGCUGGACUUCGAAGGAUGGCCCAGGGAGUUAGCAGCCACCCACGAGCAGUUCACCGAGCUGCUGAAACGCGGUGAUUACGUGGGUGCUCUCGAACACGCGAGGACCCUGAAGGCGGAGGGUGUUCGUCUCUUCAAAAUCGGCCAGUUUAGCUUGGAGAGACGGGCUCUGACUGAGAAGCUGUUCGAUAUGGUGAGCAACUUGGCCGUCCAAAGAGAGGAGGAAAAGUUUGACCGUUACCCAACGAAGAAGCUUUCCCUCGUGGACAGUGGGGUGGUGGAUCAGACGGCCACUUACCACAUCAACCUCUCUAUUUUCAAGUCCAUGCUCGACAGCUGGGCCAUUGGUCAGUUGUUCCCCAUUCUUCCAAUGCACCGCCUCGACGAAGAGCCCACUGUCCGCGCUGUACUUUCAGAUCUCACGUGUGACAGCGAUGGAAAAAUUGCCAGAUUUAUCGGUCACAACGACGAUGUGGAGCCUUCGAAUUUUCUGCGCGUUCACGGUUUGAUCUCGAAGAAGCCUUAUUACUUGGGCGUGUUUUUGGGUGGUGCUUACCAAGAAGUCAUGGGAAGCAUGCACAAUUUGUUCGGUGGACCGAAUAUGGUACAAGUUACCUUCAGGGAAGGAGGAUUCGAGAUCACACACGCCAUUCCAACUCAAAAUAUCGAGGACGCUCUGCGCACGAUGCAACAUGAGCCUCACCAGAUGGUCAAGGAUCUGAGGAACCGAGUGGAGGACUCUCUACGUCAAGGCCGCUUCAAGAACCGGUUCGAGGCUGAUGUAGCUGGGGACUACCUGGCGUCGAGCUUCAAAAGCUCCACCUAUCUUGCCAGCGAUUAUCGUGGGGGUUGUGCUUAUGCGGCCAAUAAGGCUAAUUCCAUCUGCGUUCCGGUGGAGCAGGCACACUGGUGCACAUGAGAGCGUAAUCUCUCACAUGUUAUCAUUGUCUUCGAGCACUUAUCUUGAAAUCAAAAUAUUCAUUCAUUAUUUCUCCUUCCAUUCUUUGUAGAACUUAGUCGAUGAGUUCCUACCCAAUCAAGGGAUUUUCCUCUCGCCCUUCUGUUUGACGCCUGUCUCUAAUCUGCUUAUGUGCUGAUAAGGGUUUCUAUCGUCAUACUCGGCUAUUCGAUUGUAGACUCAGAUUCUUAGUGAAGUAAAAACUUACGACACUUAGCUCGUUGUGCAUAGUUCAGCAGCAGAUACACAAGUUUCUGUAGAUAGUAGCAUUUUAACGGAACAGACCAUGCGGUCCAUUUUGUUGAGUGGUGCACUCUGUACAAUAUGCUGAAUCAAUGAAGUUUUCUGAGAAAAGCACUCUGUUCCUAUUUUUCC